CUCUGGGAGGCCAAGAGGUUCCCGUUGGUGGCUGGGGCCCACUGGGCCAUUUUGGUUCAAUUAAAAACAUCAAAGGAGACUCUGGAGGCAAGGGCAAUCAUGAAAAAUGUGUAUACGGAGUUGGGAAACCGUGCUCAAACCCAAGGAGAAAGUGCAGAAAGGAAAUCAAAAAGAGAAGCAGAAAGAAAGGGAAACGUUCAGAAAUCGAAAAUGCGUAUGUCCCCUACUUAAGCUACACGCACAAGAGAAGAUGUUCAGAGAACCUAGAGCCACAGGUCCCAGACGUGCCCACCCCAGCCAGGCCAACAGCACCUGCAGGAUCCCCGAUGGCCCUGCCCUGCUCCUUCUUGGUGGCCCUGGUGGUGCUCAGCUGCCACUCCCUCGGCUCUCUGGGAUGUGACCUGCCUCAGGACCAUGGCCUGCUGCACUGGAGGGCCUUGAUGCUUCUGCAACAAAUGAGGAGACUGUCUGCUAGCUCCUGUGACAACUACACAAAUGACUUUGGCUUCCCCCAGGAGGUGUUCGACAGCAAGCAGCUGCAGAAGGCUCAAGCCCUCUCUGUCAUCCAUGUGACGAACCAGAAGACCUUCCACCUCUUCUGCACAGAGGCCUCACCUGCUCCCUGGAACACGACCCUCCUGGAGGAAUUGUGCUCGGGAAUUUCUGAGCAGCAGGGCCACCUGGAAGCCUGUCCCCUGCAGGAGGCGGGGGUGGGAGAGCUGCCCCUGGUGAAUGGGGACUCCAUCCUGAGGAACUACUUCCAGAGAAUCUCCCUCUAUCUGCAAGAGAAGCAAUACAGCCCUUGUGCCUGGGAGAUGGUCCGAGCAGAGAUCAUGAAACCCUUGUAUGCAUCAACAGCCUUGCGAAAGAGACUAAGGAGCGGCAAGUGAGACCCGUUUCAACAUGGAAAUGA